CAGAUGACAACUAUUCGUUGCUGGCAUGGUGCCAUCGCUCAAAAGUCGUAUGGCAUUGAGAAGCGUUACCUUUGCCCACCCCCCAUGGUUCAUGUCUCUGCGGGUGUGAAUGCGAAACAGAUCCGUGCAGAACAGCCCCAUGUGACCAUGUCGGUCAUUCAUGAGAAGGUCACUGGUCCUCAAGGCGAAAACCUGAUGGAGCAAGAUUGCUCACUCGAUGAUAAUCUCAAGUGCUCGUUCCGUAACCUUCAUGUUACAGGUACUGGCUCAGACAGCUCAAAGCUAUUCAAGCUGGGUCUGCAGGUUUACUUGAACAAACACUCAACCAUGCCUACGGCCAUCAUGGACUCCAACCCGAUCCCCAUCAUCUCCAAGCCCUCAAAGAAGACUGCCAAGGCUGGCAAUGCUUCGUGCUUCAUCCUGAACGGCAUGAGUGUCUCAUUGUUGAACCGUAUCAAUGCUCAGACAGUCCGCACAAAAUACAUGGCGGUCGAUAACAAUGCCAUCUGCGCCAAGAUUGGUUCUUGGUCUUCAUUCACGAUCAAAAUGGUCAAGCCCCCACCAGCUCCCUCACCUGUUUUGUAUGGUUCAGAGAUCGUGUUGAUCAAUGAUUUGACAGGCAUUAUGACCGAUCGUUUGAUCAUCCGCAAGGUGGAGAACGGCAAGGUCUCGCGCUCGGGCUCAGGUCCUGUGAGUCAGAUGCAGAAGAUUGUACUUGAGCAUCCUGACCGCGAGGAUGAGAUGAUGAACGAGGAUGAGGCAGAGUUUAACGGCCAGAACAACAGUAUGCCUCGUCGUGUUGCCAGGAGCCAGGACAGUGUUGCCGUUGAUGACUUUGUCUGCUGGACUAUUGCCGGUAUUGGUAUGUAUAUAUAU